GAUUCCCGGGACAGGAAAGGCUCCUCUCUCCCAUUUGAGCGGCGAUCCGAUUGCAUCGCUCUCCCUCUCUCUAUCUCUCUGCCAUUUUCUUUUCGAUAACUUUCUCGGGAAAUUUUUGGAUAGAAAGUGCCAGCGAGAAAGAUCAGAAGAAACAUUACGAUCGUCAUCAAGUAUCUUCAUCCCCACGAUAUCUCUUUCCUUUUCCAUCACUCUUCUCUUUAAUCAUUUUCCUUCUGUUUCCCUCACUUUUUCUGAUUUUUUUCCCGUGAACGUCUUCUUUUUCCCGAUGCGUUUUAUUGAGAUUAGGACUCCCGCAUCUGUUCUCAGCUGCAUCCGCGUUGUCUCCGCCGAAUUCCAGCGCUUUUCGUACUUGGUGCUCUCCGAAGCCACACAUGAGCUUCUGAAUUCGUGAUUUCAUGGUCCUAUAUGUUUGGAGGAAGCAACGGGUUAGUUCUGUUUGGCACUGAUUCUACUGAGCAAGGAUCUGAAAGAUGGACAAGAAGAAAUAUCCGAUUGGACCGGAGCAUUACACCCUUUAUGAGUCUGUGGGACAGGGUGUCAGUGCUUCCGUGCAUCGUGCUUUAUGCAUACCAUUCAAUGAAAUUGUGGCAGUCAAGAUUCUCGAUUUCGAACGUGAUAACUGCGACCUGAACAACAUUUCUCGUGAAGCACAAACGAUGAUGCUGAUAGACCAUCCCAAUGUGUUGAAAUCACAUUGCUCCUUUGUUAGUGAUCACAACUUGUGGGUUGUCAUGCCAUACAUGUCUGGUGGUUCUUGUCUUCACAUACUAAAAGCUGCAUAUCAAGAUGGUUUUGAGGAGGUUGUUAUAGCUACAGUUCUGCGUGAAGCCUUGAAGGGCUUAGAGUAUCUCCAUCAACAUGGCCACAUACAUCGCGACGUCAAAGCUGGUAAUAUUCUGAUUGGUGCUCGAGGUGGAAUCAAGUUGGGAGACUUUGGUGUAUCUGCCUGCCUCUUUGACUCAGGAGAUAGGCAACGGACAAGGAAUACAUUUGUGGGAACACCUUGCUGGAUGGCUCCAGAGGUUAUGGAGCAACUACAUGGUUAUGACUUCAAGGCUGACAUAUGGUCUUUUGGUAUAACCGCUUUGGAGCUUGCUCAUGGUCAUGCUCCUUUUUCCAAAUAUCCACCAAUGAAGGUUCUGCUUAUGACCUUGCAAAAUGCACCGCCUGGGCUGGAUUAUGAAAGAGAUAGAAAGUUUUCUAGAUCUUUCAAGCAAAUGAUUGCCAACUGUCUGGUUAAAGAUCCUACCAAGCGCCCUACUGCUAAGAAGUUGCUAAAGCAUUCCUUUUUCAAGCAAGCAAGGUCAAGUGAUUACAUUGCACGGAGACUUCUGGACGGAUUGCCAGAUCUUGUUGAUCGUGUGCAGGCUAUAAAGAGAAAGGAAGAAGAUAUGCUUGCACAAAAGAAAAUGCCAGAUGGGGAGAAGGAGGAACUGUCACAGAAUGAAUAUAAAAGAGGUAUUAGUGGGUGGAAUUUCAAUCUCGAAGAUAUGAAAGCCCAGGCAUCGCUGAUCCAGGACUUUGAUGAUUGCUUAGCGGAGAACAAUUUGGUGGGAAGCUCAAGUUCUUUGCAUGCACUAGAUUCACAGGAUAUGCAGCCAGAGACUCAGGAAGAUAACGAUUAUAUCGCAAGUAGGCCUCUUCAGCACCUAAUCGACAGAAAUCUAAGCAUGACAAGGGUCCGAUCAGAUAAAUCUGAUGAUGAUUCAAGCCUUGCCAGCCCAAGUUAUGAUAACUAUGUCUUUUCUUCUCCUCGUCAUGACGAUCAAUCUGUAAAUAAUACCAAUGUUGGGAGCUUGCAUUCAAUCCCUGAGAAAUCUUCAAAUUCUGUAUCAGUGCCUUCCAAUUCAAGAACAGUGCAUUUAGCAGGCAGUGUUGUUUCACCAGAUAGAAAUUCUGCUCCUACUAGAGGAGAAAGCGAUAAAGCACAUGAUCUGCACCAGAAUGUCCCAACCAACAAUGGAGUAGUCUCUACACUAGGAGGAGAUGGAGUGCUUUCAGAGCUGCCUGCAAAAGUAUCUAAACCAUCAGGAGUGCCUGUUGAUGAAUCUGACGACAAAUCAAAGCCACCAGUUGUGCAGCAACGAGGGCGGUUCAAAGUCACUUCGGAAAAUCUGGAAAUAGAAAAGGUGGUUCCCUCUCCAAUCCUGCAAAAGAGUCACAGCAUGCAGGUUGGUAGUAGUUCUGAGGUGCUCAGCCAACAUCCUGCCCUUUCUCUGGCCUCCUCUGUUUCAGGGUCCGAUGCCAUAUCACCAAAUCUUUCGAGCUCAUACAUUUACCAGUUGGUGUAUCCUGUUCUCCAGACAAACAUUUUGGAAAGGGAUAACAUUCUGCAUAUGAUGAAGCUACUCGCCACUAGAGAAUCCACAGAUGGACAUCCACUCGACUCAGGAAGCGUGCAACCACCCAGUGUACCUCCUACCGAGAAAUCUUUGCUUGAAGCAGCACAUGAAAGGGAGAAAGAGUUGCUCAACGAAGUAACCGAUCUCCAGUGGAGGCUCAUCUGUGCCCAAGAAGAACUUCAGAAAUACAAAACGGAACACGCCCAGGUUUGAUUUCUGCUGUCCGGUUACAAUGCAACAAAGCCGGAAACAGAGCCUCUGGUCCGACCACCCUGAACAUGGGAACCCGAGAAGAGCUGAGGCUAUGGAGGCAAAAAGGAAGUUGGGUAAUUUCAUUACCAAUAAAUGGGUGUGUUAUUAUUCUUAUUGGAAAUGCAAAGUGAUAUAUGAGGCAGAAAACUUAUUGGAGGUCUUGUUAGGUUUGUUUCGGGGAUUACUACGGUGUCAUAAUAAUUCCAUUUUCAUUGUUUUAUCAUUUUGUUACACGACAAUGAUACAAAAAAGGGUCAUGGGAAAUGCUUGGCUUUCUGUUAUUUAAUUUUUUUUUAUAUGA